AAAGUUUAGCUCAGUUUGUUGUUCUAUCAAUACUUGCUGUUGGUUAUCGGAGCUCUACACUACACCCAGUUACAUAUUUAUCAGACAUGUAUCACGAAACAAUGCAUCGGUAAAAGGAAUUAGUAUUGUUUAGUAAUUCAGUGAAACAUUUAUUUGUUGAAUAUUAAUAGUUGUCGCUAUCUGUCGCGGGCGCGGGAGGGUCGGCGAGCGGAGUGCCAAGCGCGCGCGGGCACUCGCGCAGCCCGCACCCGCAGGGCAGUCGGCGCCGGCACUCGGCUGUCGGCAGGCGAGCGCGCGCGCACCCGCACCACACUGACCGAGCGGCACUCCCCGCGAUCAAGACACUCCUUUGUUUGUUUACAUCCUUUGUCCGCGUCGUGGUCUCGGCGCGCGGCGCGCAGCCCUACCCUGUCCCAUCCCGCCGCGCCAUGCCGGCCUGCGCCUGCGCCCCGGGCCCUCCUCCCGCUAGUCCCGCUCCGACCGUAAACAUAAUCAGCUGUGCGCGGUGACUACAACUGACGUUCAUUCAUUGAAAGUGAGAGUGUUUAUCAUUCGUCAAUUGACUCGUAAAUAUGGAGUGGUUGAAGAGAAGUUUAUCUAGCAAGAAGGAGGAGGUGGAGGAGGGGUCGGGUGCGGAGCGGCAGCGGCUGGAGGCGCCGGCGGCGGAGGCGGGGGAGGCGGGGGAGGCGCUCGAGUCGGAGCAGGAGCGGCGCGAGCGCUGGCGCAGCGUCUACGUCAUCUACUUCACCAUGUUCCAGAUGUCGCUGGGCUUCAGCAUCGUGCUCACCGGUGUCUGGCCCUACCUAGACAAGCUGGAGCCGGGCGCGUCGAAGGAGGUGCUGGGGCUGGCGGUGGGCGCGGCGCCGCUCGGGCAGCUGCUGGCGUCGCCGCUGCUGGGGCUGUGGGCCAACGCGCGCGGCGUGCGCGCGCCGCUCGCCGCCGCGCUCGCGCUCUUCGUGCUCAGCCAGGCGCUGUACGCGCAGCUGCAUGCCGCGCGGCCCCGCGCCGCCGCCGCCAUGCUGGCGGCCCGUCUGCUGGUCGGCGUCAGCUCUGCGAGCGUGGCGGUGGCGCGCGCCUACCUGUCGGCGGCGACCACCGUGGCGGAGAGGACUCGUGCCGUCGCUGCAGUGUCGCUCGCUCAGGUGCUGGGGUUCGUGGUGGGGCCGGCGCUGCAGGCGGCGGCGGCGCCGCUGGGCGCGGGGGCGCCGUACGCGGCGGCGGCGUGGGGGGAGGGGGGCGCGCCGGACCUGCGCCCGCGCCUCGACAUGUACACGGCGCCCGCCUGGCUCAACGCCGCGCUCGGCGCGAUCAACCUGGCGCUGCUGCUGCCCUGCACUUUCAAGGAGAGGAAGAUAGCGGCGAGGGAAGCCAUGUUGGCUCAUGGCAAGGGCUCCGAGGCGGAGGCGCUGGCGGCGCUGCGGCCGGACCGCGUGAGCAGCUGGACGCUGGUGCUGGCGUUCUUCGUGCUGAACUUCAGCUUCGUGCUGCUGGAGACGCUGGCCACGCCGCUCACCAUGGACCAGUUCGCGUGGAGCAAGGCGCAGGCGCUGCAGUACAUGGGCGCGCUCAUGUCCGCCGGCGCCGUGCUCGCCUGCGCCACCUUCGCGCUCAUCACGCCGCUCACCAGGCUCUUCGAGGAGCGUGUUUACAACUUCAGCGCUAUACUCCUCUGGGGCGGGUUCCUGCUGGUGGGGCUGGCGUCGGUGCUGUGCAUCCCGUGGGGCCCGGGCGCGCCGCCGCUGGCGCCCGCCAACAGCACGGAGGCGGGCGGCGGCUGCCCGGCGGCGCGCCAGCCCUGGUGCGCCGCCUCGCGCGCGCUCACCGUGCCGCAGUUCCUGCUCGGCUACACCGCCGUCUCCGUCGGCUACCCGCUCGGCGUCACGCUCAUACAGACCAUCUUCUCCAAGGUGCUGGGCCCGAGGCCGCAGGGGCUGUGGCAGGGCGUGCUGACGGGCGCGGGAUGCGUGGCGCGCGCGCUGGGCCCGGCGUGCGUGGCGCUGCUGUACGCGCGGCGCGGGCCCGACGCGGCGUUCGGCGUGACGGCGGCGCUCACGCUCGCCACGCUCGCCGCCCUGCGCGCGCUCUACCCGCGCCUGCAGCCCCCCCGCGCGCCCGCCGCCGCCGCCGCCCUCGCGCUGCGCCCGCUCAACGGCCACAGCCACAAGACCCCCGAGCCGGACUCGGGACAGUCGUGACGGCGGCGCGCGGCCGCUCGCCGCUUCUCCCGGGGAUAACGAGAGGUCUAACUGAAUCUAAAGAUUAGCCUAGUCGAGCUAGCUAAUGUAUCUUGCCGAGUCGAUAAGCUUUCGACAUAAAAAAAUCAUGCACGUGAGAGAAUAACCACCGUCCUACUCGUUUAGAAUAAUGUAUGUCCUUGACUUCGUCGAUAAGGAUUUCUUGCUCAAAAUACGAGUGGUGGUGAAAAGGUGUUCAUGACAAAUAUUGUCGUGCCAACAAGUGUUUUCUGUUUUUGUAUAGUACCUAACUUACAAAAAUUAUGUUCAUUCAAUUUACUAAGUAAGUAAUUAUAAUAUAUACCUAGGUAAUUUAUAAAAGUAUGAGCUAUUGUAGUGUAGGUAGGUAGGUACGUAUAGGACAGGCAGGGUAUUCCGGUUAAUAUUUAGCAUAAUAAUGAUUUAAACUACUAAGGUAACUAGGUAGUACUUAUCAAGGUUUUAACGGUUUAUACACAGUGUUUGAAAUGUUUCUCGAGUAGGCUCGGCUCAUGCAGGCUCCGGCCGCCUCGUCAUUCUGGUUUGUCAACAUCCGUAUCUGGUUGUUUAUCCAUCUUGUCCUCAUUCCUGUGUGAUCCAUAGAGCUAACUUAUUCUUCCAAUAAGUAGUAAGAAUGCCAACCAAAAAGACUUUUCAGUUACAGUCAAAAAUUACACACCAAACCCUUGGCAAUUUUCUGCGAAAAAAAUAAACCACAAAUAACUAAAUUUUUCCUGUACAUUUGCGUGCAAUGACGUUGAGUAGGUGGUUGCUGGAAUCUGGAAUUGAAGAGUUGAACUAAAUCGUGUUUAGUGUGGAAGUGUCAGUGUUACAAGGCCCCUAGUGUCACUACAACGUUGUAUACAUCAUUAAGUUUAGUAUAGGUUUACACUUAUUGCCAUCAAGAACCAUAUAUUAUGUGAUACAGCAGUAACUCAUAUACAUAGGUAUUAGAUAUAAUACUAUAAUUCAAUAGUUAAUAUGGUAAUGAAAUGAUAUGUACCUAACUAUGAGAGACCAGGUAAAAACCUGUCAACAACGACAGUGGCAAUAUUUUAGAUUGUAGCUCCACAGCGGUAGGAAUCGGCGUGUUUUGUAGGUAGGGUAAACCAGGGUGUGAUUGCCCACUGACAGUGAUUGCCCACUUUAAGAAAAACAUCAUUGAAUGUUAGCUUUGGAUCAUUCUAGUUGGAUUAGAAUUCGCUAGUUGGUGCUGUAAUUUGAUGUUUAGUAGGUUUAUAAUUGACAACUGGAAACACUCUUUCAAAAAAUAAUAGUAAUAGCGGUAUUUGUCUAGAUGGGUGAAAGUGUUACUCAAACAGGUAAACAU